AUGAAGACGGCAGCCACUAUUGCAACAUGGGGUCUAGGCCUACCUAUUGCCGUCCAGGCGAGAAAGCUCUGGACAGCGACACCAGCAAACGUCGAUAAUGUCUUGAUGACAGCUUACACGAUCGGCAACGGCAAACAAGCUGGUUUGCCCUUGGGCGUCCCUGGAGAUGAUAUCGUCUUUUUGAACCACGACAGUCUAUGGCGAGGAGGUCCUUUUGCCAACUCCAGCUAUGCUGGCGGCAAUCCGACAGAAUCCCUGGCACACUUCGUUCCUGGUAUCCAAAAAGCCAUCUUCAAGGACGACGAAAGCGCCCUGUAUGGCAGCACUGCCGACUAUGGCUCGUACGAGAUGCUCGCAAACCUCACCGUCGCCAUUGAAGGUGUAGACAAAUCCCACGUCAGCAAAUACAAACGCUCGCUUGAUCUCGAGACCGCAGUGCACACAGUGACUUACACCGCCAACGGGGCAGACUAUUCUACAACGCAGUUCUGUUCAUACCCCGACCACGUCUGUGUGUACCGCAUCGCCUCCAACAAACCUCUCCCAGAUGUGACAGUCGGCAUCAUCGACGACUACCGCACGUCACCCGCCUCUCAAUCCACUUGCUCGAGCGAUGGCGUCCACCUCAGUGGCCGCACCGCGGCAAACCAGGGAAUGGGCGAGAUUGGCAUGAAAUUUGACGCUCAGGUGCAGGCAAUAGGCUCCGGUGUACGCGGAUCUUGCACAAAGGAUGGCAAGAUGGUCGUCCGGGGGGGCCACACAAAGUCGGUGAUAUUUGUUCUUGCGACGGGCACAGAGUACGACCCGAAACGGGGCAACGCAGAGAACAAGUACUCGUUCCGCGGCGAGCAGCCUUACCCAGAGGUCAUCGACACAAUCAAGAAGGCAUCCAAACGGACCUACGACAGCCUGCUCAAGGACCACAUCAGGGAUCAUCAAGAGUGGUACAACUUAUUCGCUCUCGACCUACCGGACCCGAACAAGUCCGCCGAUGUUGAUACGGCGAAGCUGCUUACCGAGUAUACCACCGACAAAGGCGACCCUUUUGUCGAAAACUUGAUCGUUGAUUACGGAAAAUAUAUGUACAUUGCGUCGUCGCGCCCUGGAAGCCUGCCGCCGAACCUACAGGGCAAAUGGGCUCCUUCAGUCAACCCAGCUUGGAGUUCAGACUACCACAUCGACGUAAACGUCCAGAUGAACAACUGGCAUGCGGAGCAAAUGGGUCUUGGAGACCUUAUGAGCCCGCUGUGGGACUUUAUGACUGAUACCUGGGUGCCUCGAGGCACGGAAAGCGCCAAGCUGUGGUACAAUGCCAGUGGUUGGGUUGCCUUUACCAACCUAAACAUCUUUGGCCACACAGCCCAGGGCAACGACGCUACUUGGUCCGACCUCCACCAUGACCCAGCCUGGAUGAUGGCCACUGUUUGGGAUAGAUACGACUACAGCCGCGACAAGGCGUGGUACAAGUCGGUGGGCUACCCUCUUAUGAAAGGCGUUGCCGAGUUUUGGCUCGAUGUGCUGGUCCAGGAUCAGUACUUCAAGGACGGCACGCUGGUUGCCAACCCUUGUAACUCGCCAGAGCAAGGCCCGACGACAUUCGGCUGUGCUCAGUUUCAACAAGUCAUUUGGGAGCUCUUCGACCACAUCAUCAGAGACUGGAAUGCGUCAGGAGACGCCGACACCAAGUUUCUAGCCCGAGUCAAGGCUGCAUUUGCAGACCUUGAUCAGGGAGUUCGAGUUGGUAACUGGGGCCAGAUUCAAGAGUGGAAGCUCGACAUUGACGAAAAGAACAACACACAUCGGCAUCUCUCCCACCUCAACGGCUGGUUCCCCGGCUAUGUCAUCUCCGGCGUGCACGGCAAGAACAAGACCAUCGUCGAUGCCGUUGCCACCUCGCUGUAUUCGCGCGGCAAUGGCACGGCUGACUCCAACACGGGAUGGGAGAAGACACUGCGCGCCGCGUGCUGGGGCCGCCUGGGUGUCGUGGACGAGGCAUACAAGGAGUUCAAGUACACCAUCGACGCAAACUUUGCUCCCAAUGCCUUGUCCGUCUACACCACGGACGGUAGCGAUGGCAAGCCUGUCGAGCUGGCGUUGCCCUUUCAAAUCGACGCCAACUUUGGGCAGUCGGCUGCAGCUCUCGCCAUGCUCGCCACCGACCUGCCGCAGGCGUGGGGAGACGACAGCGUCCAGACUGUCCUUCUGGGUCCGGCGAUCCCCCAGGAAUGGGCUGGCGGCAGCGUCAAGGGGCUGCGGCUCAGGGGCGGCGGCUGCGUUGACUUUUCAUGGGCCAACGAUGGCACCGUCAACAAGGUUGCAGUUCGCGCGAGGAAGCUGCCACUGAGACUGGUGAACAAGAGCGGGAAGACUCUGGCGAAGAUAUAA